GCCAUUCUGUGGGCUAAGGCCCCUUCUCCCAACCCCACCCUAGCUGCCUCUGGGGAGCCCCCUGUGGUGUGUGGCCAGAGGUCAGUCCCUCCCUGCUGCCUCCUCCCCAGCCCGGUCCAGGCCCCUGGGAGUUUUGGGUCUGCCCAGGGCUGUGGCCUGAGCCUGUCUGGACCUGUCUGGAGAGGGGGUGGCAUGUGGUCCUCCUCUCCCUUUCAGGGAGGGGUGUCCCAGCAGAGAGGCAAAGUGAGGGGACCCACACCAGGAAGGGGCUCCGCUGUUGGGACAGGCGGCCACACAGGCUGGAAACCCUGGGACAUUAAGGCCCUGCUGUUCCUUCUCUCUGCUGGAAGGCUCUUUCUCGAGUACUCCUUGUGUUCGUGUCCCCAGUAACCCCCUGUUCUCACAGGGAAACAAGUAGACCGCAUCUUUUUGCGUGGGCACGGCCCACCCCUCCUAGCCUGGCAGUGCUGGCCCGGCGCCUGCGUGUCCCCAGCAUUGAGACUGGGGUGUGGCCGUGCCUAGCACACAGAUGACAGACGAAUGGACAGACACCCCCUGCCCAGGCUGCUAUCCACCAGAUGUCUGCCACCCCAGCUGCCACUGGCACGGGGGACUGACUAGGGGUCAGCUCUGGGGCAAGAGGGGCAGGCCUGGGCUCCUGGGAAGUGAAAAGUGAACCCCCGAGGCCCCCAGGACCUGCCCUCAGGCCCUGGCAUGUCCUUGACCCCAUUGAAUAGUUGGGUCUAGGAGCUGGGUGGGCACUGCUCUCUUGGCAACCCCUGCUCUGCCCCACUUACUGUUUGGGAGUUCAGGCACACCCCAGAGCCGUGCCUCAGGCCCGCACCGAUGCCCCUCACAGCCCCUUCCCGUCUCUGUUCCCGGGUGUGCAUGACAUGUUUGUGAGAUACACAAAAAACAGCAACAAAAGGCCCUGGCUGUGGGACUGGGCGUUCUGCCCUCGGCUUGGGUCAGGGGUGGGGUCAGAGGCCCCCGGAGUUGCCCUUUUCCCUGGGGUCAAACAUGACUACAGCUAGCUGGGGACAAAAGGCCCUUCUUCUUCUGCAGAAGCUGGAUUGUGCGGAGGAGGGAGCAUUCCCAAAGGCGGGUGGGGGCAGGGGCGGUGCCCAAGUGAGAGCAGCGUCCCAGCUUCCCGGAACCCCCUCCACCUGCCUGCAGACAGACCAGCAGGCCUGGCUGGCUCCAGGAAGUGAGGCAGAGGGACUCCCACAGCCCAGGCCAAGGCUGUGGGGGCAGGGCAGCCACAGCUACUCCAGGCUGCUCUCUACCUGUGGGGCCCCAGCCCACCAGGAUCAGGCCGGGGCUGUGCCUGCAGAGGGCAGAGGGCUCGGGUCCAGGACCCACUGUGAUCUGGCCUGACCUGCCCUUGCCUCUGUGUGUCUUUCCCCAGGCCCUUCUCCCUGGAGAGUAGAGGCUUCCGGCUGUUAUAUUUGUGCUUCCUCCACUGUCUGCCUCAAGUCCGGCUGGGGGCCUGACACUGCACCUCUGGCUGACCCCAUGCUCCCUGGGACCCUCUGUCUGUCCACGUCUCUCCUCUAGGGUGAAGUCAGUGGGUGGGGAGGGGGAUGUGGGAAUGAGUGCUGAAGGCUGAGUGACAUGGCAGAGCGGAGCAUGGGGCAGAGCUGAUGGGGUCUCCCAGCAAGAGGGCCUCCAGGCAGAGCUGGGAGCAGGGCAGGUGGCUGAGCUUGGCCCAGGCUGGGUGGAGGCCAGGCCUCUUGUGCCUUCUCCCGCUGAUGGUAAGCUGGAGGGAGGAGUUCGGCAGCUUCCUUGAGGGCCUGAGUCACAGCCAAGAAGACCUGCUCACUUUUUCCAGAAGUGAGGAAAACUUCCCCCUCAGCCCAGGAGGGCAGGCCGAGGUGUGACUGCUGGGCAGGGGUGGGGGACAGUGGGCCCUGGCUGUGAGCAGAGCAGCCGCCUACCCAUGGUGGGUGGCCAGCUCUCUGCCUACCUGGGUGCCUCCGCUGGGCCUGCAGCUGGCUCCUGGUCAGACCCCAGGUCCUCCAGCUGCUGCUGCCUUGAGCAUCAUCUCCACAGCAGCCCUGGGGGCUGGGGCCCUGGCGAGGCCCCUCGGAGUGGCACAUCUCGAACUCUGGGAACCCAAAGUCCCCGCUCUGGGCCCAGGCGGAAGCAUCAGGCAGUCUCUGGUCCCUGCCAAGGCCUGAGGUCUGUGGAGCCCAGCCAGCACCUCUACUGCCAAGAUCCCUGGUGGGGGGGCAGGGGGCGCCACGGGGACACAGCUCUCCCUUGUUCCUACCGCUGGCUCCUCAGACUCAGCUCCUCAGCCUGCUGCUUCCUUUUUUAGGCAAAGUAGAGCUCUGGCCGGUCACACGCCCAGGGGUGUCUCACCUGCCUGAAAGGGAGGAAGGAAGGCCACAGAGCCCCAUCCGCUCUCCUGCGGCAUCCUCCAGGAGAGGGUGGGGAGGGAGGGGACAUCCGGGCAGACACCCCCCUAUGUCCCCCACCCCUGGCUCUGAGCUGAGGAGGCUCCGGGAGAGGGCCAUGGCUACUCUGAGGGAGGGAAGGCUUUGCUUCUUGGGAGGGUCAGGGUGGGGUUCUCCUAAGCCUCAGCUCCUGUGCAAGGGACACCACCAGCCCAGUUCCACCUGAGCCGGGCAAAUCUGCCCUGGGGGCCACUGUCCCUCAGGACUCCCCCUGCAGCCAGCCAUCUCUAGUCUGGGCCUCGCCAAGACCCCGAAACCCAAGAGCUCCUGGCUCACCAGUGGGCCCCUGUAGUCCUGCUGCGGUGUGUCCUGGGUCCCGGGUCUGGGCCCCUUGUUGGGUAGGGCAUAUGGGUCCCAGGCCAGGCUGGUCACACUGGACAGGGCCUGAACCAACCAUCUCCACUCCCAUGCUUCUUCCUCCAAGAAGCCCUGGUAGGGUGGGAGCCUCGAGUCUCUCAAAUUCCUGCCUUCUGUCCCCUUCCAAGGCACUGUGUCCUUCUAAGUUCCACCCCAAGGCCCUUCCAAUCCCUGCUGGUCAGUCCCUGGGACACAUGUCCCAGUCCCUGAGAUACCUACCCGCCCCCAGCCCCCACUCCAACGCGGUGGCCAAGGUGAAGCCAGGGCCUGGGCCCGUAGCGGGAACGUGUUUUUUUGGUGCCGCUGUCAGCCCCUGGGGUUCUCUUGGGCCUGACUGCAGGGACCCCAGCACCCAGAGUCACGGCAGUGGCGGGCAUGGGGAGGGCCUAGCUUGGGACCUCCCUGCUCAGCUCCCCUGGCUGGGGAUCGGAGGUGGGUGGAGACAGCGGGACCCACAGCCUUGGCCAGGGAAGAGAAAGACUGGAGGGUCUGUGCGUGCCCACGCGUGCGUGCCUCGGUCGAAUCUCGACUGGUGCUGCGUGUUCCUGCGUGUCCCUGCGUGUUGGGAUCCGUUCGCGCGCGCUUCUCCGGAGUCUGCGCACGUGGCCCUCUGCUCGCGCAGGAGGGCGUGGGCAUGGCCUCGGCGUGGGUGUGGCUGCUCAGGGCGGGGUCUCCCGGGGGCGGGGCCGGCCUGGUCCGCGCCGCGACGCGCCCUGCAGCCCCGAACGAGCAAGCUGCCCACCGCGCCCCGUCCCUCGCGCGCGAUGCUCCCCUGGACGGCGUUUGGCCUGGCCCUGAGCUUGCGGCUGGCGCUGGCGCGGAGCGGCGCGGCGCGCGGAGCUCAAGGACCUGGGCGUCACCGUGUUCAUAGUCAGCACCGGCCGAGGCAACUUCCUGGAGCUGUCGGCCGUUGCCUCAGCCCCUGCAGAGAAGCAUCUGCACUUUGUGGAUGUGGAUGA